AUGGGCUGGUUACAAGACACAUUCCCGAAGCCGGAUAAUGAUUCGACAGAACUCGAAAGAAUACAAUAUGCUCGGGCAUACAUUCUCGAGAUUAUUAGAGGUUAUCUGAUGCCAGACUUGUCACGAAACCUUGUACAUCUGAGAUGGCUGUUGAAACUCGUAGAUUUUAGAGCAGCCGGCGAAUUGAGUUGGGGGUCUGUCGUGUUGGCAAAGUUGUACAAGGAAAUGUGCGGUGCGAUGCUACUGAACAAAGCCAAAAUAGGAGGUUGUCUAUCACUACUGCAAUCAUGGGCACGGUUUCGCUUUCCAUUUUUACGUCCUCGAAUGGACCAUCCAUAUACAUUUCCACUAAUAACGAGGUGGAACCGUUCGGCGAGUUAUGUCGGAAUACCCAACUCUCUCGAAGACAUACGGCUUCUAUUAGACCAGCGAUCGGAUACACAACAUGUGAAGGUCCCAUUGGUGAACUAUGCUACGGUCGAGAUGCACCAAUCAGAUAGAGUAUUGCGACAAUUUGGAUUUCGACAACCGAUUCCCGUGGCACCCGAGGUGUUUGAUGAAGAGCAUAAAGUCGACUUACAGCUAUUGAAUAUGGAUUGGCCGAGAUACUGGUCAGGCUAUAUCGAAAUGUGGGAAAAUCGGUAUGAUUAUAUACCUACUCGGGAACCGAUUAUUAUUCCAGAGUUAGCAUGCGUACCAGAAUACAUGCCAUGGUUUAGGAUAUAUGGCAAGCCAUAUUUACUGUCGGAAGAGGAGAGGCGACGACAAAUUCGUGUUCAAAGGGAACGACGGGGCCCUUUAAAUCUAAGAAGAAGGGACGACGACUUAGGCCCAUCAACAGCGCCCACACAAUCAGCAGGCCCAUCAACAGCGCCCAUACAAUCAGCAAGCCCAUCAACAGCGCUGCCACAAUCACCAGGCCCAACAGCUCAACAGACGACACCCACAUCACAGCCUUUUCCUAGUCCUAUGCCAGGUUGGAAUCCAUGGCCCGGUUCAUCUCCGUUCCUGAUUACUUCGAGUCAACCGCCAAUCUAUAGGCCGUCGUCACAUGAGAGAUCGCAGGAGACGCCAUCGAGGGGCUCUUCUUUCUACCAAUCCCAAUCACCUUACGGGGUUCAAACACCUCCUCCAUGGGUGAUGCAAACACCACUGCAGUCAUUAUUCUAUUAA